CACACGAUUCACCGUAACCACCGUAAUCACGCAUCACGACCAAUGAUCACUUACAAUGUUGAUUUCUUGUUAGCUGUAAGCUGACACAUACUUUUCUGAGAUUUCAGAAGUAAGAAGUAUCUCAAUAGAAAAAUUACUUGCGUGCCAGUAUUUGGAAUACUUCAUAGCCUUCAGCCUACUUGUUGUUUUGGAUAUAAACAAUAUUGAUGUAAAAUAUAUUUGUUACCUUACUUCAUAUUAAAAGUUAUGAAUCGCUUUUAUAAUGUGCAGCAAAUUAUGUGGACUGUGAUUAGUUGAAAUGUGGCCAAAUACUGUGAUUUUCCGGAAAAACAAAAUAUGGUGACGAUCCUCUAAAUCGGCAGCAGUUUGUGCAACAUUUUUUGGAUGCGGUGUCAAGAUGCCGGUAACGGAGUCGGAGGUAGUGACCCAGUACCCAGCGCACUGGCUGGUAUGGCACAACAAGCACGAGGAAUUGAAGGACGCUUUAAACAGUAAUGAGGUGUCCGGCGAGGAGCUGGAGCGCAAGGACCCGCGCGGGCGCACGCCGCUGCUGCUCGCCGUCACGCUCGGCCACGUGGAGUGCGUGCGCGCGCUGCUCGACGCCGACGCGGACGUCAACUGCGAGAAGGACGGCUGGACCGCGGUGCAGGAGGCGACGGCGCGCGGCGACGCGGCGCUGCUGGCGCUGGUGCUGGCGCGGCGCGACCACCGCCGGCACGAGGCGCGCGCCGCCGGCGUGCCCGCGCUGCUCGACCAGCUCAGCCUCGCGCCCGACUUCUACGUCGAGAUGAAGUGGGAGUUCACCUCCUGGGUGCCGCUGGUGUCCCGGCUGUGCCCGUCGGACACGUACCGCGUGUACAAGCGCGGCGCCAACGUGCGCGUCGACACCACGCUGCUCGGCUUCAGCGACAACCGCUGGCAGCGCGGCGACCGCACCUACAUCUUCACCGGCCACGGCAAGUCGGCGAAGCUGGUGGAGCUGGACCACGGCGCGGGCACGGUGUGGACGGAGUGGCUGGAGGGGCCGGCGGAGGGCGAGGCGGCGGGGGCCGGCGCGGGGGGCGGCUGGCCCGAGCCGCCCGCGGCGCACCUGGCGCACCGCCUGCGCACGCCGCUGCACCUCAACUACCUCGACACCGACAAGAUCUGCUUCGAGAGGAACAAGAGCGGCAUCUGGGGCUGGCGGCAGGACAAGUGCGAGUCGGUGAACGGGUUCGAGUGCAAGGUGUUCAGCGCCAACAACGUGGAGCUGGUGAGCAAGACGCGCUGGGAGCACGUGCCGCGCGCCGAGCGGCGGGCGCCGCGCGCGCCGCUGGCCGGCCUGCUGGCGGCGGCGGAGGAGGAGCCCGAGCCCGCCGCGUCCCCGGAGCUCCCGGAGCCCCCGGAGCCCCCGGAGCCCGCCGCGGUCCCGUGGCAGGAGUACUUCGACGGCGCGACGCCGGAGCGCGAGGUGGGCCGCCCGCGCGAGGUCACCACCAAGGUGCAGAAGUUCCGCGCCACGCUCUGGCUCUGCGAGGACUACCCGCUUGAGCUGCAAGAGCAGAUAAUGCCAAUUCUAGACCUGAUGGCGUCGAUCUCUUCGCCACACUUCGCCAAGCUCAAGGAUUUCAUUCAGAUGCAGCUGCCGGCUGGCUUUCCCGUCAAAAUCGAGAUCCCGCUGUUCCACGUGGUGAGCGCGCGCGUCACGUUCGGCAACCUGUUCGGCGGCGACGCGGCCGUGCGGCACGUGGCGCGGCUGGCGGCGGGCGGCGCGCGCGGGCCCGCCUGCGUGCUGGACGACGCCGUGUUCCCAAAAGAGUUACAACAGUCCGUGGAGUUGGACAACGGUGACGGCGACGGGCGACUGACCGCGCGCCCCGCGUGGGCCUCCGCCGCCCGCGCCCUGACCACCCCGCCCCGCGCCCCCGCGCUUUUGCGCCCUGGCGCCCCAAAGGCCCGCACCCCAUCGCCCUCGCCGAGACACAUGAGAGCUUCGUACAGUGAUCACACG